UCAUCUCCCUGAGUUGAGGACAUCCUUAAAAAACUUGAAAGUUUUAAUCGUGCAUAACUGUGAGAAAUUAAGAUUUAUCUUCUCAUCAUCGAUAGCCAGAGGCCUUUCACUACUUGAAGAAUUGAAGAUAAGAAGAUGCAACAACGUGGGAGCAAUAUUCGUGAAAGAAGAAGAAGACGGAAUAGAAGAGGUGUUCUGUCGACUGCAAACCUUGGUGCUAAUGGAUCUUCCAAAGCUCAUGAGCUUCUUAAGCACAAGAGAAACCAAUUCGAAAGGCAACGACCAUGAUCUUCAGGUGCCGCUUCUACAUCAUCAGCUUUCCUUUCCUAGUUUGAAAACCCUGCAGCUGGCAGGUCUGCCCAAAAUAAAGCAUGUUUGGAGUAAAGAGAUCUUCAGGUUUCCAGAUCUAUUUAAUUUACAUGUUGCCAAAUGUGAGAAUUUGAAAAGUUUGUUUCCAGCAGCCACAGUGGCUACAAGUCUAACACAAUUAAAGUCUCUCAAGAUAAGAGAUUGUGGGGUACUGGAGGAAAUUGUCCAGAGAGAAGACGGGACGGAUCCAACAACGAGGAUUUUAUUCACUAGCCUAACUUCGCUAAGCCUUGAUGGGUUGCCAAAACUCAAGUGGUUUUUCCAAGGGGUGCGUACUUUGGAAUCGUCGUCAUCUAAGGAAUUACAUGAGCAGGGAGGCACACUUUUCGGGGUUAAUGAGGUUGGCUUCCCAAGUUUGAAACUUUUGGAUCUGUAUGGUCUACCCAAAAUAAAGCAUGUAUGGAGUAAAGACUCUCAAACAAUUCCCAGCUUUCAAAAUCUACAAGUAAUAAUUGUUGGGAAAUGUGUGAGUCUGAAAAGUUUGUUUCCAGCCUCGAUUGUUAGAUGUCUCGAGCAAUUGGAGAAAAUUAAGAUUUAUGACUGUGGGGUGGAGGAAAUUGUUGCAGCUGAAGAAGGAGAAGCAGUAGAAAUGACGUUGGUGUUCCCUCAAGUAACUUCUCUAUGUCUUGAAAAUUUAGAGAGACUCGAGGGAGUGCAUGAUUCAAAAUGGUCGAUGCUGAAAGAGAUGCGGAUUCUUGAAUGCGAGAAAGUUAAGCUCUUAUUCCCGAGCUUGGUGAUGGAUAAGUUGGAAAUUAUGAGCCGGAAUGUCACUAUUCAAAAAUUGUGGGGUUCUUGUUAUGCAAGGUGUUUGCAUGCCAUGGAAUCUUAUCGGCUUAGAAGUGAUUUAAUGAAAAAUUACAUAUUAUGGAAUGAUAAGAAGAUGUUUACACGCCAAAUCGUGAGGAGUAUUAAGGCUCACCAUCAAUCUGCUCCAGCGAAUUCCACCUCAGAGCAGGAUUCUAACAAACACGACUCCAAGGCAGCAGAUGCACUAACAAACUCUGCACAAAGGAAUAUUGCAGAUGAUUCUAGAAGGCUCGUACAGUGCUGAGGUGUCAAUCAUGAGUGUGUAAUAUUGGUUGAGAA